AUGGAUGUUCAGUCCAGGGAACUCACAGUGACUUACAAAAUUGUCCCACCGCCAUCUGCGGUAGCUCCUCCUUCCCUCUCGCAGGAGACAACUCAUAGGUUCCCUAUCCCAUCUCUACCUGACUUGGAAUCUCAGGAGGACUCGGAGCUAAAGAAAUAUUAUACAUCUCUGCGAACGUCGAUUGCAGAAGCUCGAACAAAACUCGGAGAAGAGUUGACUGCUUGGAGGGAUGCGGUAGGAAAUGCAGAACUUGGAAAAGAAAAAUCUGUAAAAACCGAAGUCGACGAUGAAGGAGAGGAAGAGGAGAACACAGAGGAAUGA